AGUAGUAGAUCAUCAGAUUCAGGAAUCUCAACACAAUGCUGCCGUUUCUCAGGUUUAUAAAUUCUUUUUUCCAACAAGAACAAUCAGCUAACUUGGCUAUAGAAGAGGAGAAAGCGAAAUAUCUGGCGAUACUAGACGCACCGGAUGAGACGUCUAAUUCGUGCGAUGAGGAUGAAUGUGACGGGGAAAAGUGACGGACCUCAGUGCUUCGAGGCCUUGGGGAAGGUGACAGCUGUUGGAGUUAUGGAGGGCGUCAUAGAUGGUCUUCAUAGGUUCCAGUUGAAAGAUUCUCCGCAUCAUGUGGAAGUGGGACAAACUGUCGAAUAUUUGGCUUAUCAAUCAUGCGCUGAUGAUGACUUGAUAGUGAGGAAGAUCAUCAGAAUAACGGACGAGCUGUGGGCGGGACCUGAAGAUGUUCCCGAGCAAGUUUUCGUGAAUACAGAAGAAACAAAGAAAAAGAAAAAGAUAUUUGAUCGAGAGCAAGUUUGCAAUGUGACGCAAAGGAAGGAGCGAGAAGUAUUCAUCGACCCCCCAGGAAACUACUCAUUUAAUCUUGACCAUGUCAAAAUUUCUUUCGUCCCAAUACCAGGUGACUGGUUGAGAGUGCAAAUGCUGGUUGAAGAAUCGGCAGACUCAUUGAACGGUUGCGGAGAAAUUUUGGAAAUUGUUGGAGUGAUGCCUCUUCGUUACAAAAUGGCGGAGGGCGUGGUGACGCACUGGAGGGCCGACAAGAAAGUGGGCAUCAUCAAUCGGGAGACCUACUUCUCUCUGGACGCCUGUGAGAUCGGCUAUAUGCCGGUAGUCGGUGAUGAGAUUGAUGCGCAUAUUAUCGAGAGCAACCAAGGUUCCCUGUCAUGGAGAGCUCUGAAGGUGAUACCUUCAACCGAGCGCACCAGCUACAAGCGCAAAAAUGAUUCCAAUUUCUGGAAGAGCAUGCUUGCCAAGUCGCAAGACUCCCCUAACGAUCUGCUGGACGACAAAUUUGGUAUAACCAUUUCGAAAAAAUGCAACUUUGGCAAACUCCAGUACGGACAUGAGAGGGAUAUGAUUGUGGAGUUGAAAAAUUCCAGCAAAAUGGUUCAUCAGCUUGAAAGUGUUGGAUUUUGUAAUAAAUUUCAAAGCCAGAUUAAGCUGAUUGAGCCAGUUUUCCAGAACAAUUUCCGGUUCCUUCAGAUCCAAACCGGUGAAACUAUCAAGUUUGUCUUCCGAUGUCAAGCAAAGUUCUAUGGAAACGCAGAAGAAUUGGUUGUUUGGAAUUUCCAAAAAUUCAAUAUUGGUCGUUUUUUACGUGUUGAAGUGGAUGACGAUUAUUUGAGGGAAGUGAAAAAUCAUAAAUACCAGAGAAAACCUAAGGUCGACAUCGACAGGGAAAAUCUGAUUCCUACAAAGCAUGGUUUCGUCGUGAAUGGCGUCAGAUCGUCGCAGAAAGCACCCUUCAUUCCUAUCAAGCUCGCCCUCUUCAAAGUUCCCGACCAAUUCUGGGAUAUAAUGGCCGACAACACUUGCACUUACCACGAACUCCUACCACGCCUGAUAUCGGCGAUCCCCUGCCUGGACAAACAGCUGACGCCAGCCAAUUACCGCGAGCGCUGGCACGCGCUGCUCUACGUCGAGGAGGUCAACUCUGUUCUGCAGUUGCGCUCCUACGAUAUGCGCCGCGUGCAGUUUCGCCCGAGCGGCGAACAUCUCGUGCUCGAAGUGCCUGGCGUGCAGGAGAAGCGACCGUCGCUGAUUGUCGGCGAUGCCGUGUAUGCUACGCCGCCGCUAGGGGCGCCUGCGCCAGAAAUUGGUAUCAAAUACGAAGGAUUCAUUCAUAAAAUCGUGCGCAACGAUCUGUACAUAAAGUUCAACCCUAACUUCCACCAGUGCUUCGACGAGAAGGAUUACGACGUCAGCUUCGUGUCGAACCGUGCUGCCUUUCGAAAGUGUCACCAGGCGGUGAAUGUGGCCUACAAGAACCUCACCACCAGUUGGCUCUUCCCGUCCAGUCUGAAGCCGUCUCCGCCUCUAUUCGUUCCUGAGGAUGACACUGACAAUGUAGAAGAUCAAGAGCAAGAGAGUGUGGAUGAUGUCGAACAGUCACAGUCCACUGUUAGUGAAAAUGAAACAAAAAAUAUUGAGGUCAAUGGGAAUUGUGAGGAAACUGUUCCGAAGUUGUCGAACGGCGUUGAAGAAUUGUUCAAGAAAGUGUCUCAAGAAAAGGAUGGUCAGUUGUUAGCUAGUUCUACUACCCAGCAGGUUGACACUUCCACAAAGUUGUCGAAUGGUGUUGAAGAGUUGUUCAAAAAAGUUUCUCAAGAUCAGUUGUCAACCAGUUCUCCGCAGACUGACAUCUCCCCAAAUUUGAAAGACUUGAUUUUCAAAAUGCCGCUGAAAAAUGCUAAUAAUGGUAACGUUGUGGCUAGUAAUAUGAAUGAGACUGAUAACGUGAAUAAGUGUAAUAGACUUCCAGUAGCUGACUGGUUGUCGAAAACGUCGAAAAAACGUCGCAACCUGAUGGACUUUUUAAACAUGGACGAGGAGAAAAAUACGGAAAUGACUGCGUGCCAAAACGGCAAUCAGGCUCCGCCUUUUCCCGGCCAAAUCCAGACUCUCGAGGAGGUUGAGAAGCAAAUGAUGAUGAAAUCCCCGCCGAAGAAUAUGGUCACUUUGUCCGAAAUCGAGAAACCUCUGCUGGACAAAUCUCGAAGUUUCACAGUUGAGGAGAACAGUAAGAAAGUGGCUUGGAAUGACGAUAGCAGCAUCGCGAAGAAGGCGGUUGUCAAAGAUGUCAAAGUGGAAGAGUGUCAAGUGAAGGUGAAACUGGUUUGGUUCAACACGCGGUUGAAUUACUAUCAAAAGGAGGCCGUACGACGUAUUCUACGCAAUGAGGCGAGGCCUUUGCCUUAUAUUAUUUUUGGACCACCUGGCACGGGCAAAACAGUCACUCUUGUCGAGACGGCUCUGCAAAUUCUCUCUCUAAGUACCGAGAGCAGAUUACUGAUAGCGUCGCCUUCGAACAGUGCAGCCGAUUGCAUCAGUGAGAAACUGAUUGACACGGGCUUUUUCCCGGUCGGCACUCUGGCCCGACUGUGCUCGCUCACCUACAUGUCGAACGAGAGGUGCUCGGAGAAGCUGGCACCCUACUGCACAUCUGCCGAGUUUCGGGUUAGGUCAGGAGAACAAACCUUCAUCAAUGAAGAUGGAUUGAGGAGUUCAACACGUCAGGCGUUGGGCAGGCAUCGUGUGACGGUGGGAACUUGCGUCACGUUGGGCUCUCUCUACAACAUGGGUUUUCCACAGGGCCACUUUACACACGUGCUUGUGGAUGAGGCAGGACAGGCCACUGAGCCCGAGAUACUCGUUCCUCUAAGUUUGCUAGACAACAAGACAGGCCAGUCAGUGCUGGUUGGGGAUCCACAACAGCUGGGUCCGGUGAUAUUCAGCCGGCACGCGAAACAACUGGGUCUGGGCACGUCGCUGAUUGGCCGCCUCCUCGACUCGUUCCCCUACUGCCGCGAUGCGCGCUCCUUCCCCACCACACACGGCUUUGACCCGCGCCUCGUCACGCAGCUCGUCGACAACUAUCGCAGCCUGCCCGAGAUACUCAAACUGCCCAGUCAGAUGUUCUACGAGGAUCGGCUGGUGCCGCAUGUGCCGGAAGAUGGAUUAGAAGCUAGCCUUCUGAUGCGACUGAAGGCUGAGCUGCCUCCUAGAAAGUCGACUGCCAAUAUCCUACCACCGGCGCUGGUCUUCCACGGCGUCAAAGGCCUCAACUACCAGGAGGACGACUCACCGUCCUGGUUCAACCCACACGAGGUGGUGCAGACCAUCGCCUACGUUAUGCGUCUCAUCAGCUACGGGCUCAAAGGCGAUGAUAUCGGCAUUAUCACACCUUACAAUAAACAGGCGUUCAAAAUCCGGCAACUGCUGACCAAACUGGAGCUGAGCAUGCCGAAAGUGGGCUCGGUGGAGGAGUUCCAAGGCCAGGAGCGGUUGGUGAUUCUGCUAUCUACUGUACGCACCACCCGAGACGAGAGCAACGUCAAGCAGCUGAUGGGCUUCAUCUCGUCGCCGCAGCGGCUGAAUGUGGGGCUGACGCGCGCACGCGCACUGCUGGUCAUCAUCGGUGAUCCGCACCUGCUGGUGCACGACCCCUAUUGGCGCACGGUGCUCGACUACUGCAUCAAACGCGAUGCAUACUGCGGCUGUGAGGCGCCCGUCGCUAGAGCCGACGACGACCGACAACUAGUCGACUAGUUGACAAACGAACUAGUCGCGCAACUAGUUGAUUGUUACAGUUAACUAGUUGAUUGUGACAUCCAUACUACCUGUGAAGUUCAAUGAAGUAAUUGAUUGUUAUUUGUGGCAGUUAACUAGUUGAUUGUGACAUCCAUACUACCCGUGAAGCUCAAUGAAGUUAUUGAUUGUCAUUUGUGGCAGUUAAAUAGUUGAUUGUUACAACCAAACUGCCUGU